AUGUCGCAACCCUACGGCGAAUCAGCUGGCUACUACGGUGGCCAGCAGCAAGCACCGCCGCCGCAACAGCCCUACGAUCCCAAGUACGCCCAGCAGUACAACAAUGGCUACCAGCAGGGCCACCCGCAGCAGCAGUUCGCCUACGACAACAAUGGCAGCAACGGCUACGGAUACAACGCGCCGCCCCAGGGCUACGAUCCCGAGAAGUAUACCUUCGAAGAGGCCUUCAAGGUCGAGAAGCCCAAGUGGAAUGAUCUCUGGGCCGCGAUCCUGUUCAUCCUCGUCUUCCUCGGCUUCGCGGCCGUCUCCGGCCUCACCAUCUCGGGCUACUCCUCCACCAAGUCCCUCAACGGCGGCGGCAUCUACGACGGUGGCAACACCUUCGGCCUGAGCACAAACACCAUCGUCCUCUUCGCCUUCUGCCUCGCCGUCGCCGUCGUCCUCAGCUACGCCUACGUCUGGCUCGCCCGCCUCUUCCCCAAGGCCUUCAUCUGGGUCACCGGCAUCCUCAACAUCGUCUUCGCCCUCGUCACCGCCAUCUACAUGCUCUCGCGCAAGUACUACUCGGGCGGCAUCGUCUUCCUCAUCUUCGGCGUCUUUCUCGUCUUCGCCUUCAUCAGCUGGAUCCCCCGCAUCCCCUUCUCCGCGCUGAUGCUCAGGACCUCCAUCAACGUCUCCAAGCGCUACGGCCACGUCUACCUCGUGUCCUUCCUCGGUGGCAUGCUGGGCGCCGCCUUCGCCGCGUGGUACUCCGUCACCCUGGUCGCGACCUACUCCAAGUACCAGCCGUCGCAGAACAACCCGCAGUGCCGGAACGGCCAGUGCAGCGAGGGCAAGGUCAUCGGCAUCAUCGUCUUCAUCACCUUCGCCAUGUACUGGAUCUCCGAGGUCCUCAAGAACGUCAUCCACGUCACCAUCUCGGGCGUCUACGGGUCGUGGUACUUCUGCGUCAACAACUUCCCCCGGGGCGCCACCCGCGGCGCGCUGAAGCGGUCGCUGACCUACAGCUUCGGGUCCAUCAGCUUCGGCAGUCUGAUCGUCGCUAUCAUCAACUUCCUGCGCCACCUCUGCUCGGUCGCGAGGUCGCAGGCCGCGGGUGACGGGAACAUCGUGGGAUACGUGCUGUUCUGCAUUCUCGGCUGCCUUAUUUCGAUCCUCGACUGGGCCGUCUCGUUCCUCAACAGAUAUGCCUUCUCCCAUAUUGCGCUGUACGGCAAGGCGUACAUCCCCGCUGCGAAGGACACUUGGAGGAUGAUCAAGGACCGCGGCAUCGAUGCCCUCGUCAACGAAUGCCUCAUCGGCCCCGUCCUCUCCUUCGGCGCCGUCUUCAUCGGCUACGCCUGCGCAUUCCUGGCGUACUUGUACAUGGUCUUCACCCAUCCCGCUUACAACUCGACCGGAAGCUACACGCCCGUCGUCGUGGCCUUCGCCUUCCUCAUCGGCAUGCAGAUCGCCAACGUUUUCACGACGCCCAUUUCGAGCGGAAUCGAUACCAUCUUUGUGGCCGCGGCGUGGGAUCCCCAGGUCAUGAUGAGGGAUCACCCGCAGCUCUACGACGAGAUGGUCAGGGUCUACCCGGAAGUCCAGCAGGCUAUCCACGCUUAG